UUUUUAUUUUUCAAGCAGAAAUACCUGGCACGUUUGUCUUAUGAGCUCACUGCGCCUGUUUAAUGUGCACAGCACGCAUGCUGCGUGUUGCAAUAGUAUAAGCACUAAGCAGUAUGCUGUUUCUUAACAUAUGCGAGAAUUUUGUGGCUGCACACUGAAAAUAUGAGCUUAACACAGGAUCUAGUUGCUUAACCUGCACAAAAAAAUACAAGGUUAAAAACUUGUCAGAAGUGGGAUUCGAACCCACGCCUCCAGAGGAGACUGCGACCUGAACGCAGCGCCUUAGACCGCUCGGCCAUCCUGACAUGCUACAAGCUAAUUUUAUGCUAGUUCGUUCAUAUUAGUAGCAGUGUGACAUCAUAACAUUUCACUACAUUUCGCACAUUUAAGCAGAAUACGGGUUUAUGGCCUUUGUGCGCCCCCUGGAGGAAGAGUUGUGUGUAACACAGACUGCAGAGAUUAGUAUCGCGUGCCACCCAAUGGUCAAACUACUCGACAGCUGCUUCAGAGAAAAGGAGCAGUGUGUGAUUUUCAGGGUGUUCAGAAGAGAACUGUUUAGUGCUGAUAUGGACCACGUCGAGUAAACACUGAACUAAACAAGAAAAACUAUGGCUUCAGCACAACCUCCAAACUUCUCCUGGGUAGAUACUGGUAAGGUUGCAGGCCUGGCAAUGCCCCGAAUGACGGCCCACUAUCAGUACCUGCUUAACAACGGCAUCAAACAUCUGGUGACCCUGAGCGAGCGCAAACCUCCUUACCAUGACACCUGUCCAGACUUGACCCUUCAUCACAUCAGGAUUCACGACUUCUGUGCGCCAACCUUUGAUCAGAUCAACAGAUUCCUGUCCAUAGUAGAGGAGGCCAAUGCAAGAGGACAGGCUGUUGCGGUGCACUGUUUGCAUGGUUUCGGGCGGACAGGGACAAUGCUCGCCUGUUACCUGGUGAAGAGCAGGAAGAUCACCGGAAUUGAUGCCAUUAAUGAGAUAAGAAGCAUACGCCGAGGAUCCAUUGAAACCAGAGAGCAGGAACAAAUGGUGGUGCAGUUUUAUCAACAAAAUAAGGUGUAAAAUAAGAAAAAUGUAUUUUUACGAUGCAGAUGUUUAUGAAUAAUGUUAUACAAAGCAAUAAAGAAUUAUUUAUUUCCA